AUGGAUCCGGUAAUCAUUUUGGUCCUGAAGCAAAGACUGCAGGCAGUCAUGUUCAGGCAAAACUUUCUCGACAAUUUCUCCAAGAUUUUCCAAGCGAUACCAAAAGAUCCAAGGCCAAAUCCAGUACAUCAAGUUGAAGAAUCAGAGCAUGAGCAACAUGAGGCUCGACGGAGCCCGCAAGCAGAAAGACCUAUGGCUGAAGAGAUCGAGCUGCCGCUGCCGCUCCCAUCAGAUGAAGCAGAUGUCCAUACAAAGGCAACUCCACCGCUGGGAAAGGAACAAGCAGCCGGUCCCGAAUUCUCCGAGGAACUUAGCCCAGAACAAGAGCAGGAACUCCGAGAGGACUCGUACAUCCAGUUCGAUGCUGAAGAUACGGUUGAAGACUAUACUGCUGGCCCGUUGCGUCUUGUCGCCGGUUCCGAUGGAGUAAAGACCUGUGCCAGCCUCUUGAUGACAUACGACUUCGCGCAAAUAGUAAAGCGGGCCGUCAAUGCGCAUCGAGUGUAUGCGAGAGAAGAGUGCCAUGCCGAACAGCAAAUCGAGGCCAUCGAAAAAUUCCAACGCAAAGUCAAAAAUGAGAUAUCCAACGAUGAGCUCCGCAUCAUGGACGCAGAAGUCAACAAGGAUGCUCCAGACUCUGAGCGAGAGGACAGUAUAAACUCUUGGAACAGUGCCAUUGAUAUCCUUCGGCGCAUCCUGACUCAGAUGGAUUGCGAGAAGCAGAGCUUGGAGACCAACGUCAGAUGGAAAAGCAGUAUAUCGAUGGAGGCACAAGUUGAAGUUGCUGCAUAUCUCGAUGAUGCAUUUACGCACGCUUGCUUGAUCGAACCCUUGGAGGAGGAUGAGAUCCCGCUUGGGAAGUUCGACCUGCAAGAGCAAUAUCAGAAAGCUCUCAAGAACCGCGAUGACGAAUGCGAGGCAACAACGCCCACGAUGACGUUUCACAAAGCCCCUGAGAAGUUGGACACCACUGCGUUCCCUCUCGACCGAGAAGUCGAGCCACCCACGGAAGAAGAAUCAAACAAGCGGAAGCUCCUCAAAACAGUAUGGGACGCCGAAGAUCGAGUCCAGCAAGCUCAGGUCGCCUUCGACAACAGAGUCCACGAACAGGCAUACGACCAGGAAGUCAAUUAUCAAGCAGAACUUGCAGGCGAGCCAACCACCUAUGAGUCCCUCGAGCAUUUCGAUCUCCAUUGGGUGCAGGUGAACCAAGAACUGACUCGUGAACUCAUCGAAGCCGAAGAAGCCUACUCCCAAGCCAAAGCCGCCGCCCUCGAAGCCAGCGUCCAGUUCCAAACAGACAACCAAUCCUCCUGCUUCGGCGACGACUUCGACGGGACAGGCUACCCCAUCAGCCAAGAGGUCGAUGUCGAAGGAGCGGUAGCUUGGGUGACGCCAAAGGUCGACAGCUGGCUGGCGAACGUCCCCGAAGAUGCGUGUUCAGACUGCGAAAGCUCGGUAGAUGUCGAUGACUGGGACUUCAAAGAACUCGAUCUGAGCGAUAGCUUGAGCUGUGUUGACUAUGGGAGUCGGAGGAAGAGGAUCGAUAGGUGGCAGCGGGACUGUCAAGUGGUGAAAGAGAGCUUGUCUUGA